GAUAAGCGGAAGAAGAUGGAUGGAUUUAACUUGGAUAUUGUUUUAAGUUGUUGCAGAUGUUAUCCUUAAUUAUUCUAAUUUAAAAAUCAGGUGUAGUGCGCAGAACGCACAGUGGUUUUUAGAUCAAUAGAUUUGAUAAGGUUCUGCUUUGACGAGCUUCUGUGGAAUGGCAGCAUUUGCACUUUUAGAAAGCAAUGUAUGUUAUUCAUGAAGUUUUAUACCAGGAACGUUACUAGAGUUUGAAUCUAGGAAACAGCUUGAGACAGCAGCAUGAAUUGCAUAGUGAUGGUGUCUUUUAUUCUCAUACAGAUAAUGAAACUUGAGAUAAAUAUCAUAUGAUUAUCUUGUUUUACAACAAAAGCUAAUAUCCAAAAAUGUUUUGAUAAUGGCACCAGUGUGGCUCAUGAAUGCCUGACUUGCAGUCCUGCUGCUGUCAGUAGUUGCUGAGGCAAUUCCUGCUUCCUGCAUCAGACUGAUGAGUCACUGGUGGGACGGACAACUGCAGCAGGCAACAUUGUUGUUAUUGUUUUGGACUGAAUGCCUUGCAUAGAGGAACUAGUGACAGGUGUUGCCAGUCAUUUCCACUGCAGGUAUGGAUCUGGAGGAGCAAGAAAACGAGCUACUUGCUAUUCAUAGCAUUCUGAGUUCAGAGGAGUUUGUCCGGCACGGACUUAGGACUGCUGGGGAAAUAAAAGUGUUGACUGAACUGCCCUCUGGCUUCCUGGUGGCACUCGGAGAGGGUGACACCCGGACGCAGCACGAGAUAUCAUUCCUUCCAGCGUUGCAUCUGGCCUUUGAGUUCCCGGAGGAUUAUCCCUCCUCAUCCCCUCCCUCCUUCACUCUCUGCUGUAUCUGGCUGACACACAAACAGCUUGCUUCUUUGGGGUCUCACCUCGUUGAUCUCUAUCAAGCCACUGGAGGUGACGUGGUGAUCUUCUCCUGGGUACAGUUUCUAAGGGAGGAUACUCUCGGAUUCCUCAACAUCCGUUCUCUGCUGGAACUCCCCAAUGAACGCAGCAGCCCGUACAACAGCGAGGACACAAUUUCCGCCUCCAUCCCGGAAACCAAUCAAAUCCCCCUCACCUCAGGGUCCAAAGACGCCGAACGUUGUCACCUUUCAGAUAAUUUGAUGGACAAUAGUCAUGAAGACUCUCGAGGAGCCGUAGCCCCCGAGUCCUGCAAAUCCCGUAAGGAUUCUUCCAUCCCGCUUGGUGAAGAAGAAGCAUGUGGAAAAGGAGCUGGAAACCUUUCAGCUUCCGACCAACCAGUCUCUGAUCUCUCCCUGACUCCAGCACAAGCUCUUAUGUCUGAGAUAUUGGUCCACGAUGCAGCUCAAACACACAAGGUUUUCCAAAGCACAGUUUUUGAUUGCUCAGUGUGUUUUCUGAGCUACCUGGGUUCCGAGUGUGUACGGAUACAAGAGUGCGGCCAUGUCUUCUGCCAGGCCUGUCUGGCUGAGUUCUGUAAGCUCCGGAUAACAGAGGGAAAUGUCCUUGGCGUCACCUGCGCUCAGGCAGGCUGCACAGCUUUCCCCACGCCUGACCAAGUGGAGAGUCUGGUGGGGGAGGAACUGUUUAGACGCUAUGACCGUCUUCUUCUACAGUCUACUCUGGACUGUAUGGCAGAUGUCAUUUACUGUCCACGGACCACCUGUGGAUCGCCGGUCAUUCUGGAGGAAGCCAGCAGGGUGGCGCUCUGCUCUGUCUGUGGCUUUGCCUUCUGUGUUACCUGCAAGAAGACUUACCAUGGAAGAGAUGACUGCAGGGUGAGGGGGAAGCCUCAAACAGAUGACCCACAGCAAGGCGAUGCAGACCUCCCCCAGUCAGUUGUGGGUUUGACGGCUCUCUGGGAUGACUAUGCCAGUGGUAGCAAACGAAGGCAGCGCCAGCUGGAGAGCAAGUACGGUCGAAAGAUUCUGCUCAGCACUCUGGAGGAGUUCCUCUCCGAGGACUGGAUUGCGUUCAACAGCAAAAAUUGUCCGUACUGCUUCUGCACAAUACAGAAAGACAAAGGGUGCAAUGUGAUGACGUGCACAAGGUGCCAGCGAUUGUUCUGCUGGGCCUGCUUGGGCAAGCUUUCCUAUCAAAAUAUUGGCAAACACUUUGAGCAAGGUGCUUGUACGCUGUACCAGUAUAACGUCUGACCGACAGUCUCAGAAGGACACAAGUAGGCCAUAACUCAAGUACACAUCAGUCUGGAAGCAUUUUGAAAUAGGGAUUGCAUUGUAACAGCCACUAGUGGGAGCUAAAUCACUUAUUUCUAAUAGUUUACAAUCGAGCAGAGCUUCUCUAUUAUUUUUGUCAUGCCCCUUUGGGAACAUUCUUUUUUUCAUGACCCCUCUAAAUUGAAAUACCUGAACAUUUUUACAGUAUUUAUUCAUCCAUACAAACCAAUCUGAGUUGCUGGCACCAGCACAUACAGUCGUGGUCAAAAGUUUACAUACACUUGUAAAGAACAUCAUGUCAUGGCUGUCUUCAGUUUCCAAUCAUUUCUACAACUCUUAUUUUGUUGUGAUGUAGUGAUUGGAGCACAUACUUGGUGGUCACACAAAACAUUCAUGAAGUUUGCUUCUUUUAUGAAUUUAUUAUGGGUCUACUGAAAAUGUGAGCAAAUGUGCUGGGUCAAUAAAAAGGUAGCAACAUAGACAAAAAAAGGUAGCAACAUAGACAAAAAAAAGGUACCACCAAGACAAAAACAAAGGUAUCAACAUAUACAAAAAAAGAUACCAACACAGACAAAAAAGAGGUAGCAACAUAGACAAAAAAAAGGUACCAACCUAGACAAAAAAAAGGUACCAACACAGACAAAAAGAAGGUACCAACAAAGACAAAAAAAAGGUAACAACACAGACAAAAAAAAGGUACAAACACACGCAAAAAAAGGUACCUAACAAAACACAGGUACCAACACAGGCAAAAAAAAAGACAGCAACAUAGACCAAAAAAGGUACCAACAUAGACAAAACAAAAUGUACCAACACAGGUAAAAAAAAGGUACCAACAUAGACAAAAAAAAGGUACCAACAUAGACAAAAAAAAGGUACCAACACAGGCAAAAAAAAGGUACCAACACAGGCAAAAAAAAGGUACCCUCAUAGGCAAAAAAAGGUACCAACACAGGCAAAAAAAGGUACCAACUAAGAUUUAAAAAAAAGGUACCAACACAGGCAAAAAGAAGGUACCAACAAAGACAAAAAAAGGUAACAACACAGACAAAAAAAAGGUACCUAACGAAACACAGGUACCAACACAGGCAAAAAAAAGACAGCAACAUAGACCAAAAAAGGUACCAACAUAGACAAAACAAAAUGUACCAACACAGGUAAAAAAAGGUACCAACAUAGACAAAAAAAAGGUACCAACAUAGACAAAAAAAGGUACCAACACAGGCAAAAAAAGGUACCAACACAGGCAAAAAAAGGUACCAACUAAGAUUUUUAAAAAAAAAAGGUACCAACACAGGCAAAAAAAAGUAGCAACAAAGACAAAAAAAAGGUAGAAACAUACACCAAAAAAAGGUACAAACAAAGACAAAAAAAGGUACCAACACAGACAAAAAAAGGUACCAACAAAGUCAAAAAAAGGUGCCAACACAGGCAAAAAAAGGUAGCAACACAGACAAAAAAAGGUACCAACGAAAAAAAAAAAGGUACCAACUGAGGGGGAAAAAAAGGUACCAACACGGACAAAAAAAAGGUACCAACACAGGCAAAAAAAAAAGGUACCAACACAGGCAAAAAAAAGGUACCAACACAGGCAAAAAAAGGUACCAACAUAGACCAAAAAAAGGUACCAACCUAGACAAACAAAGGUACCAACAGAGACAAAAAAAGGUACCAAAGACUAUAAAAAUGGGACCCGUUUCCCUCCCUGCUUGGCACUCAGCAUCAAGGGUUGGAGUUGGGGGUUAAAUCACCAAAAUGAUUCCCGGGCGCGGCGCCGCUGCUGCCCACUGCUCCCCAAGGGGAUGGGUCAAAUGCAGAGGACAAAUUUCACCACAUCUAGUGUGUGUGUGACAAUCAUUGGUACUUUAAUCUUAAUCUUUAACACAGGCAAAAAAAAGCUACCAACAGACCAAAAAAAAGGUACCAACAAAGACAAAAAAAUUCAGUUUUGCAUAAUAGGUCCCCUGUUAAUUAAAGCCAGUAUAAGUCCAUUCCAGAGGGUUAAUAAUAAAUCUGUUAGUUUGUUCAUACCUAGCAUUGUUUUCUAUUUGAGUAAUUUCACUUGAUCCAAAUAAAAAUAUUCAUUUUAAUAUGAAUAAAUAACAUUUCUGGAGGACUACUUCAUGGUAAACUCUUAAUUUCAGGAAACGAGACAGGAAACACAAACUAUUUUCCAGUAUUCAAAGUGGUUUAAAUUAAUAUUUUUAAUUGUAUUUGUUAAAUAUGCAACCAGAUCAAUGUGCAAGACACUUUGCUUAGCAAUAAUAAUAAAUAAAAAAAGGUCAUAUGUAUUACACCAUUCCUUCUUGGCACGCAAAUGGCUCCAAGUCCAUGGCCCGGCUCUCAUGCAAAGGAGGUAAGUACCGUGGUGGCCUCAUGCAGUGUCAAGUCUUCCCAACAACUAAUAAUAAUAAAGAACCACAUCUGUGGCCUUUUUCCACACAGCGUUUGUAACACCUCUGGCCCUCCGACAUGCUGCCAACUCCUGGAAGAAAUGCUUGCUUGUCCCCUCACAGGCCACCGUGCUCAGUGAGUAAAACAACAGCUCAGCAGUUUCUUCUCCCUCCAUUGCUCAUCUUGUAGUCUCCCUGCAGCGCCUCGGCCCUUAAAGUCCCUCAUAGUGAGCCAAGACAUCCUCACAGCAGUUAUUGUGUAUUUUGUAGAGUGCGCGACACUUCUACUUCUUCUGGGGACCAGGGUUCCUGGUUCGAUCCCCAACCUUCAUCACGUCCGUUGUGUCCUUGAGCAAGACACUUCACCCUUGCUCCUGAUGAUAACCUCAUGGUUAGCACCUUGCAUGGCAGCUCCCGCCAUCAUCAGUGUGUGAAUGUGUGUGUGAAUGGGUGAAUGUGGAAAUAGUGUCAAAGCGCUUUGAGUACCUUGAAGGUAGAAAAGUGCUAAACAAGUAUAACCCAUUUACCAUUCUACACUAAAAUGGUUGAAAUUAGAGAUGUCCGAUAAUGGCUUUUUUGCCGAUAUUCCGAUAUUGUCCAACUUUUAAUUACCGAUUCCGAUAUCAACCGAUACCGAUAUAUACAGUCAUGGAAUUAACACAUUAUUAUGCCUAAAAAAAAGUACCAACAUAGACAAAAAAAGGGUACCAACAUAGACAAAAAAAGGUACCAACACAAGCAAAAAAAAGGUAGCAACUUAGACCAAAAAAAAGGUACUAACUCAGACAAAAAAAGGUACCAACACAGACAAAAAAAAGGUACCAACAGAGACAAAAAAGGUACCAACGAAAACCAAAAAAGAGGUACCAACUCAGGGGGGAAAAAAAGUGUAACCCAUUUACCAUUCUACACUAAAAUGGUUGAAAUUAGAGAUGUCCGAUAAUGGCUUUUUUGCAGAUAUCCGAUAUUCCGAUAUUGUCCAACUCUUAAUUACCGAUUCCGAUAUCAACCGAUACCGAUAUAUACAGUCGUGGAAUUAACACAUUAUGCCUAAAAAAAGGUACCAACAUAGACAAAAAAGGUACCAACACAGGCAAAAAAAAGGUAGCAACACAGACAAAAAAUGGUACCAACACAGACAAAAAAAAAGGUACCAACAUAGACAAGAAAAGGUACCAAAACAGGCAAAAAAAGGUACCAACACAGACAAAAAAAAGGUACCAACACAGGCAAAAAAAGGUAGCAACAUAGGCAAAAAAAAAGGUAGCAACAUAGGCAAAAAAAGGUACCAACACAGACAAAA